ACAGCCUCUGAUUUGCUUGUUUCCCUGCACGGGAUCCCGGCUCUUUGUCACCCUCUCCUGGCAGGCGAUGGGAAGUGCGUGAUCUGUGACUCCUAUGUGCGCCCCUGCACCCUGGUGCGGAUCUGUGACGAAUGUAACUACGGGUCAUACCAGGGGCGCUGCGUGAUCUGCGGGGGGCCGGGGGUCUCCGACGCCUACUACUGCAAGGAAUGCACCAUCCAGGAGAAAGAUAGAGACGGCUGCCCCAAGAUUGUGAAUUUGGGAAGUUCGAAGACAGAUCUGUUCUACGAGAGAAAGAAAUACGGCUUCAAGAAACGGUGAAGCCAUUUCUCAAGACUGCCCGUGGCUUCGGUCUUCAUUUUAUAAAUAAAAAAAAUUGAAUUUUUUUUUUUUUUUUAAUGAUUCUGUGUUUGAAUUUUCAAUUGCAAUAAACUGAUUUUAUUAUUA